AUGUACGUAUACUCACAUGCACGCCCCUCUGCUCCCCUGCCUGCCGCAUAUCCGUUUACGCACAACAGCGAACGCCAAACGAGUGAGCGAGCGAGCGAGCGUGGCGACUAUCGCGUCGACACACCUGCCGCCGACCCCAUGGAUGGGCAGUGCGUGCACCUGCGUGCUCCAGGCGGGCCGAGGCGCGCAUGGCCAGGGCCAGCUACAUACAUAGGUAGGUAUGCAGAGCCAGAGCAGCAGCAGGGUGGGGUGGCCAACGGAGACGCCGCGGGCUGGGGGAAAAUGGCGCAGAGACGACGAAGGAGGAGGAGAAGAAAAUACGGGUGGCGAGAGGGCGGCAUGGGUGUUGCUGCGGCCGGGCGUGCGCGUUAUUGCCUGACGGACAGCCGGGUGCUGGCUGCAGCGGGCGAGACCGUCGUCGAUGGCGGCGGAGGCGGCGAUGUCGGCGCGGAUCGUGCCGUGAUAAUGGAGGGGUAA